UGAAAGAAAAAUAAACCUUGUGUGCCCUAUUAAGUGUGAGCGUGGUGGUUUUCUAUUGGUCACUGUUAGAACUUCUUCCUUUCUUGUGCUGUGGCUGUUUUGUUCUGAGGCCCACUUCUUAACACCAUACUUGCACUUUCAGCAUGCAAGUUUAUAGUACUCAUGAGUAAAAUGUUAACAAAACUAUUGAGUUUUUCAGAAGGAUUGUUACAAAGAAGAAAUACUCAACUAAACAACUUUCCUCAGUUUUUUUGCAACAAGUAUCCAAACAAGUAGCUGAUGGACACAGAUACAAAGAUCAGUUGGUGCUUCAUCGGAUCCACACUUCAAACGUCUGCCAGCAUUUAGUCUCUGUACUGCAGGUCUGAUCCAGACAGCAACAGAUUUGAGAUUUCUCACAGGAGGAAGACAAAGAGAAGAGAGGCGAGGUGCGAAUGAAAUACUCUAGUUUAGAGAGUGAGCAGACAUCAAGAGAAGAGAAGCUUGAAGAGUAUAAUAAAACAGUUAUUCUGUGGAGGGAGAGACUGAACGUCUCGAGCAUCGAACAUGUUUGUUCUCAUCUGGUUGACUCUGUUUGUCUCUGUAAAAGGCAGCAUUGCUGACACAGGUGUCUCAGCCUGGGGUCAACAACACUGUGAUGGAAGAUACUGUGUUACUCUCAGUGAGCGAGAACUAACAGCAGAGGCUGGACUCUGUGUUGUGAUCCCGUGUUCUUUCACUACUGCUGAUGAGUUUACACCCAAACAUACAGUUUGGUACAAAUGUGAAGCAUCUCAACACAGUUGCAGUGAUGGUGACAUAAUAUUUCACAGCAACAAAAACACAGACAAAAAAGCUCAGUCUGGGUUUGAAGGACGAGUGUCACGUUUGGAGCCUGAUGUGAGUCAGAAAAACUGCAGCAUCAUCAUUAAUGAUCUUAAAGAGUCUGAUUCUGGAUCAUAUCAGCUCAGAGUUACUGGUGAACUGAAUGGAAAACAAGAUGGAUUCACAUUCAUUCCAAGAGUAACUGUCUCUGUUAAAGUUCUUAAUCAGAAGCCCACAGUAAUGAUUCCCACACUGACAGAGGGACAGCAGGCCACACUGACCUGCACUGCUCCUGGUCUCUGCUCUGGAUCUGUUCCUGAAAUCACCUGGACAUGGAGAGGAGCAGGAGGGACUGAAUCUUACAUUACAGGAAACAGCACUGCUUUCAAGACUGAGAAUCUGACGGCUUUCACACAGAGACACAUCUCAACUUUAACCUUUAAAUCUUCAGCUGAACAGCACAACACCACCAUUACCUGUAAAAUCCGCUUCACAGGUGAAACAACUACAGAAGAUGCUUCAUCUUUGAAAGUAAACUAUGUGAAGGAAGUUAAAAUCACUGGGGUGACAAGUGUGAGGGAGGGAAAUGUUCUGAAUCUGACCUGCAGUGUUGAAAGUUUCCCUCCAGCUCAUAUUGUGUGGAGAAAAGUUCCUUCCAACACAAACCUUCAGACCAGAAACACUGACCUGCACAAUGAUACAGUUACACUCGUCACCCUGAAUGUGACAGCAGAAAAUUCUGGGCAGUACAUCUGUAUGGCAAAACAUCUGGACAAAACACUGACUUCAUAUGUCAAUGUGACUGUGACAUGGCAUACAAAGAUACAGGAUGGCUCUGGAUGUGUGCUUCAGUCAGAGGUUUUGACCUGUGUGUGUAUCAGUGAAGGGUUUCCCUUACCUACCAUCAAAUGGCCGCUCCUAGAAAACCACACUCAGUACACUCCCAUUACUACUGUGUCAAACCACACAGUCAACAGCACUGUCAGUCUCACUGUAAAAAACCAUGGCAACAGCACUGUUGAAUGUGUGAGCAACAAUGGAAAUGGAGAAAAAAGAGAGAAUCUAUUUUCAGUAAUGGAUUUUUAAUACGAUCUCUGGUUUGCAUGUACUACACAUAAUUCAAAACAACAUAAACAUUCACUUUUUUUCCUUUCCAUUUUAUUUCCCUCAAGUUCAGAGCAACUAUCUAGUUUUAUUUUAGGAUUCCUGAAAGUCAUCAUUGCCUUUUUGACUGGGGUACUUUUUUCAGUAAUCGUGCGCUGAUUGGUCAAAAAUUAGUACAGGUACAACAUUUACUUUAAUAAUUAUUACCAGGUGUUCUUUGUAGAUAGAUUUUAAUGUAUAUUUGUAAACACAUUCUAUAAAACUAGCAAUUUCUUGAGGAAAAAAAAGAGCUCCAGAAAUUCGGAUUAGAUUUUGGAGAUGGAUUUUUUUUUUUUUUUGGUUUGCAUUUCUUAUUGACUUGGAUGAAUAAUAACCGCAAUCUUUUUUGUUUUCUAUAGACCUUAUAGUUUUUAAAUAUUGAUGUCUACCAAAUGGUUGAGAAAUCUCUUUAUGGUUUACUUAUAUGUUAUGUAAAUAAAAGUACAGUAGAUAAUACAGUUGCAAUAAAUGAAAUAAAAUACCAAAUUGUCAUGAAAUUAAUAAAAAAAAAACUAUCCAGAGCAUUUAUUUCUAGUAGUAUGCCACAAAACAUUGCUCACUUUCAUUCCAGCAAAGGAAAAUAUUGUAUCCAACAAAAAAAAGUGCAUUUCUUAUUUUUUAAUCUUAAAUGCAUCUGCAUUAAACUGCAGCAGCAGAAAAGUCUCACAUUCAGGACAAUGAUAAUUGAAUGCUAUGCUGCAAAAUCAUUUUUGCUUUCAAAAAGAAAAAACAAAAACAAACAAACAUCCAAAACAAAGGAAAUAUUUGCAUUAAACAUUUCUCAACAACAUUCUACACACUAAGUAUCAGUUAACGUGACAGAAAUAUGUGCAGUAUGUUGACAACUGUAUACAUGUAGAGCAGAGGUUGGCAGCCAGCAGCUCACUGGACACAUGUGACUGUUUAGCCUCUCAGCUGUGGCUCCUGGAAGCGUUAAAAUAAAAAUAAAAUAAAAUAAAAAAAAAAAAAACCCUCAAACUGUGUGUGUGUUUACAUAUGUAAAAUACGUGUGUGUAUGUGCUCUCUUGUGUCUUACAGCAGCUCGUGUGAAACCUUGUGGUUCUUACAGUACAGUUCUUCCCUGGAUUGUUGCUGGUGUAUCUCUCACUUUGAAUGCCUUCUGCAUAAUCUACAUAUGGUUCCUUUGGAAUUCAAGAAAAAAGGUGAAGCUACAUCAGGAGGAGAGAACCUACAUGUCACUGCAAAAAGCGGAUGUGUCACCAGAUUAUGAUGUUAUUGCACAACAUAUAAACUGAAAAGUCAGGUUUCAGAUAGCUGUGUGAUUGUAAUGGCAGCCUGUUGUCAAUACUGUGGUGAUGUAAUUAAUUUGUUUCAUUGUCUUGAUUAACGACAGAUACUCUGGUAUUACAAAUUUUAAUUUAAAUUAUUCAAUUAAAACUUACUAUUUGUUAAUUACUUUUUACAUUGCAUUGUAAACAAUGAGAUUGUGUUGGGGUUUUUUUGUUGUUGUUUUUUU